AUCGCACAACUCCCCUUUGUUUUUAUGCCUCAUGAGAUAGCCUGUCCUAAAUAUCCCUUUUUAGUCCAGGAUAUUCAAUUAAAACUGUGUUCGCUAACCCCUUCCCCUCGAAUUCCUGAGGAUGCAGCUCAAGUUACUUGAAAGGGGGAAUCAGACUACAUUUCCCAUGAGCCCACGUCCCUCUUUGACCACAUAGCGUUUGAUCUCCGUGGACGGUGGCUGGAAAAGGACAAUGGUUUCCAUGUCAGCGGAUAAACGCGCUCGCCUUAGCUCCUGCGCGAGAAGGGGGACGUAGUAAUGAGAGCGUGCUGAGGAGCGAGAAAGGCAUUUAAAGGAGCCGGCGACCAAUAGAGCAAGAGCCAUGCCGAGCCGGGGCUUAGUGGCCGGGCCAGACUUUGAACAUUUCCAGCGUCGGUAUUUCACGCCGGCUGAGGUCGCUCAGCACAACCAGCCGGAAGACCUCUGGGUGUCUUACCUGGGAUACGUGUACGACCUAACGCCGUUGGCACAGAAGUACAAGGGAGACCUGCUGCUGAAACCCAUCGUGGAAGUUGCGGGCCAGGACAUCAGCCACUGGUUUGAUCCAAAGACCAGAGACAUCCGCAAGCACAUAGACCCGCUGACCGGUUCUCUGAGAUACCGAACCCCUCGGGGCCGCUUUCUGCAUGUCCCACCUCAGCUACCCCGUUCGGACUGGGCCAAUGAUUUCGGGAAGCCCUGGUGGCAAGGGUCGCAUUACGAGGUGGGGCGGCUGUCUGCCAAGACCCGGAACAUCCGUAUCAUUAACACGCUCACGUCGCAAGAGCACACACUGGAGGUGGGGGCUCUGGAGUCAAUGUGGGAAAUCCUACACCGCUAUCUCCCCUAUAACGCACAUGCUGCCAGCUACACAUGGAAAUAUGAAGGGAGGAACCUGAACAUGGACUAUACCCUGGAAGAGAAUGGGAUCCAGGAUGAGGAGGAAGAAUUUGACUAUCUCAAUAUGGACGGUACACUCCACACACCUGCAGUACUGCUCUACUUCAAUGAUGACCUCACAGAGCUAUAGGAAAGAAGAUACAUGCUUAUGUAGACUCAAGACAUAUUUUGAGUUUGGCUCUUUCUGUCCCCUGUAGGAAAAAAGGUGGGGAUAGGUGGGUAGUGCAUCGACCUAGGCCUCCGUUCCACUCUGGGAACUGGCCUGUGGUUCCCAUGCCCUUCUGAAAUGUUAAGAUCCUAUUCCUCAGGUCCAUUAUAAUUUACUCUGAGAAAAUCAGGGAGAAUGCUAGAAAUUAAUUUUUUAAAAAUGAUACAAGAAGAUGAAGUAUCUUGGAUUAGGGAGAUAUAGAAGAGGAUAGUUAGAAAGAGCUCAAGCAGAACUUUUUUUUUUAAAGAUUUUACUGGGGAAUUGGGGGAGGGAAUAGC